CUAUUCCUGUUGAAUCAACUAAGGCUGCUACUCAAAAUCAGGGUGAGAAUAAGCUGCACCCGUUUGGGGUGUUGUGGUCUGAGCUAGAGAAUGGUAGUACACCAGUUAACCUGUUACCAAACAGGUCUUAUGAUGCAAUGGGGGAGUCUACUGGUUCAAUAGACAAUUGGCCUAUUGAUUCCCGAAGAAAUACGCAAAUUGAUCCCAGCAUGUCCCUUGAUUCUCUGGCUGCUAACCGGAUGGCGCAGUUUGAACAUUCCAACCGCUUUAACCUUGGGGAUCAACUUUCAUCAAAUCAACAUCACCAACAGCAAUUCCAAAAUCGGGAUAUGCUGUCGCAUUCAUAUAGAGGUGAUCAAGGUCAGGAUCUGGAGCAAUUAAUAGCUCUUCAGAUGCAGCAGCAGAAGCUUCAAUUGCAACAGCAGCAGAA